AUGAUAUUCAAUCCCGAUCAUCAAUUACGUUGGGUUAUGCUGCCUAACGCAGCGGUCAAGGUCGAUAAUUAUCAUUCAAUCAUAUCAAUAACAAGUCCAACAGAUAAACCAAAAAUGACUUUAACGAAUAUUGUCAUAGGAACACCAACUGUUGAAUCAGAAUGUAUACCAAUUAUGAUAUUACUUCAAGAUAAAAAAGAUGUACUUAAACAAACAAACAUAGAUCAAGAUAAUAUGCGCUGUACAUAUGGACAACAACAACUACAAACAAGAUUUGUAUUAAAUAAGUAUCAAAAUUUGUUUGAUACAACUGAUCUACCAGCUAUCAAGGCGACAGUUCAUCACACGGUCAACACUGGUAAUCAUUUUCCAAUAUACAGUCACCUACGUCGUAAAUCAAAUGUUACGAGAGAAAUGUAA